AUGUAUGUGGAAGCCUUGGGACUUUUUGAUAAGUUGAUGUGUUAUCCUUAUCUGAAACCUGAUAGCUAUACUUAUCCGAGUGUUCUUAAAGCCUGCGGCGGGCUUUGUAGAGUUGUGUUGGGACAAAUGGUACAUACUUGUUUGAUAAAAACUGGUUUAAUGGUGGAUAUUGUAGUUAGAAGUUAUCUUGUGAGUAUGUAUGCUAAAUGCAAUUCGUUUGAGUAUGCUAUACAGAUGUUUGAUGAAAUGCCUGAUAAGGAUGUGGCGUGCUGGAAUACGGUGAUUUCUUGUUAUUAUCAAAUCAGGAAAUUUGAAGAAGCUCUGAGAUACUUUGGCAUGAUGAGAAGAUAUGGAUUUGAGCCGAAUUCAGUUACAAUCACAACUGCUAUUUUGUCUUGUGCUAGGCUUUUUGAUUUGGAGAGAGGGAGGGAAAUUCAUAAGGAGUUGAUUAAUAGUGGGUUUUGGCUGGAUUCUUUUGUUAGCUCUGCCCUUGUUGACAUGUAUGGAAAAUGUGGUCACUUAGAAAUGGCUAUAGAAGUUUUUGAGCAAAUGCCUAAAAAGUCUAUUGUUGCUUGGAAUUCCAUGAUUACAGGAUAUGGUUUUAAAGGCGACUGUUUUUCAUGCGUUCAACUUUUUAAGAGAAUGUACAAUGAAGGAAUCAAACCAACUUUGACUACUUUGAGCAGUAUAUUAAUGGCUUGUUCACGAUCAGUGCAACUACUAGAGGGAAAGUAUUUGUAUUAA